GACAGCUGUCACAUCGUAUUUUGAAAUUGACAUUGAAAAGGACGGGCUAAUUAACCUAGUGCGUAUAUGGCUCCAGAUGGGACCGUUAAACACGAAAAGCCUGCUGAAUUUUUGUACAUAACGCACAUGCAGUUAAAAGGCUGAGUGUAGCCCAUGUUGUUAUGACCGUGCGGCCAGAUAACAUCAUUGCACUAGCGGUGUUCCAUAGAAUCACGAUGACCUACGGUGAAUACUAAUCAAUAAAGGACAACGGUGAACAUCUUCUGUUGACGUCUUCAACACAAUACGUAUAUCAUGUUUGCUAAGUCUCAGAAGGUCCUUGAGAAGGUGCUGGAGGUGAUAUGCUGCAAACAGGACUGCUGCGACUGCUGGCUGGCCAACAAACCCAAACCCCAAGUCAAACCAGACAUCCAACAUACGUUUCGGGAGUCCCUCUCCCGCCUCGACUCAACGGGGAGCAACGCCGACAGCAUCAGAAGCUGCAGGGAACGUCACGACUCCGACAACUCCCGAACAGACUCCGUGUCCUCUUCAAGCAACAUCAGCGGGGAAUAUAAACAUUAUAAGUCCACACCCGUCAUUGACAUGAAACCUAUUGAAUUCUGGGCCGCCAACAGGGAGAGCGUCCAGCCCAAGCCGAAACGUCGUCUACCCAGUGAGAGCGAAAUCAGCAUUGAGAACCUACAACGAGAUUUGUACGAUAACGAACCAGUGGAUGAGCCGUGUUUGACGGACGAGCAGAAAUUGGCCCAGUAUCAGCUUGGUCAGUUACAUUUUGGGCUUCAAUACGAAGUAUCCUCAAAGGUCCUUGUGGUAAAAAUUAUUGAAGCGAAAGAGCUUCCCCCGCCGUUUAGUCUCGACGAGAACAAACAAGACAUGGCGCAUUCAAAUCCUUAUUGUAAAAUAUCACUCCUUCCUGACCAAAAGAACUCCCAGCAGACCACAGUUCAGCGGAAGAGCCAGUGCCCGAUGUGGAAUGAGUAUUUUAUGUUCGAGAUCUCCUACAAAGAAGUGCAUAUGAGGACAUUAGAAAUCAUAGUGAAAGACUUUGACAAAUAUUCCCGGCACUGCAUCAUCGGGCGAGUCCUUCUCCCCUUGUCUAAUGUCAACCUGAUAAAGGGAGGUCAUAUGUGGAAGCCCUUGUCUCCGGGAAACACGGAGCGUCAGGACCUUGGAGAGAUCCUGCUUUCCCUCAAUUACUUGCCCAGUGCCGGUCGGCUCAACAUCGACGUCAUGAAGGCCAAACAACUUCUACAAACCGACCUCGUCGGCGGCUCAGAUCCCUUCGUAAAGAUCACCUUGGUCCACUUCGAGAAACCAAUCAAGACCAAGAAGACGUCGUGCAAGAAGAAUACAUUGGACCCCGUCUUCAACGAGUCGGUCAGUUUCAACCUGACCCCUCAGCAACUGGACAACACAAGCCUCGUCGUCUCUGCGUGGGACCACAACUCCAAGAGCAGGGACGAGUUCGUUGGUCGAGUGGUCAUCGGCAAAUACGGCUCCGGGCCUCACGAAUUCACACACUGGAACCGCAUGCUUCAAUCACAGAGAUGCCCAGUGGCACAGUGGCAUUCACUGCGCACGCGUCAAGAUUGUGAUCAAGUGUCACCCGCUUCCAUUGCGGUUCCAUAAGAGUAAUUCUCAUUGGCCAUGACGUCAUGACGUUGGACGACCUUCUCAAAGGUUGACAAACUUGUAGAUCCCGUAUAGAGGGACGCUGAUAUACUUAGCAUAGUGUCAUAUCGCCAUCUCUGUACAUGAAAGAAGAAUCAGUGCUUGACGUACAUAGUACGUCAAAGUGAAUACGUAUAUGACGUACUGUCUGAACAAUAUAUCAGCCAGAACGCUGACACAUUUGACACAUCAGAGGGACUCAUAUUGACAGAUGUUAGUGAAACAUUGAAUUGAGUUACGAUGUGUGUGCGGCAUGUAUAUUAUGGUUGCACAGAUCACGGCCUAAUCUGACUUUGUUUACACGGCCAUGACAAGGUGAUGACAAGGCGUUGCCAAGGCGACGAGAAGAAGAUGACAACGCGUUGCCAAGGUGAUGACAGUCCAGCUUAUGUCAUUUGUGCCGCAAAACGCAUAUUCAUGUUAACAUCACAGUGAGAAUUAAUCAAAACUGACUGUACAUACUGUGUAUUAUCCGUGUAACCGCAUCAAAUGUAUCUUACCCUUAUCUCUGCACUUAGUACUGCGGCAGGCCGCAUCGUGUCUACAGGCCUUGGGUCAACCUGAAUGAACUGUCGCAAGUCCAUUUUUAUUAACGCCAUUUCCCUCCCAAGAUCUGAAACAAACAAAAAUAAAUAUUGUGCUUUUAGUUUUCGAAGAUAUUUUUACCUGGUUACUCGUUUUCCAAAACUUACUUUAUAAGAUCUUAGUCACUACAGCAUUGAAUAUGCCGAUUAGGUAGCUCUUAACACUACCAGAACCACUGGAACAGUCAUCUUCCCGAGGCAAGGGCGUUAACUGACUGUUAAAGUCCAGCUGGACUUUAACAGUCAGUUAACGCCCUUGCCUCGGAAAGAUGAGGAACAAUUAGAGCCGUGCUGAGUUGCGUCCCUUAGGCGUAAAGGCAUUUAGUAUAAGCGAGGGUACGACUCCCAUAUUCGCUCUAUAGUGAGUGAGUGAGUGAGUGAGUGAUUAUUACUUAACGCCAUAUCGCAACCUUGCAGGUAUUCGCGGCGGUCGCUCUGUAGUUAAUGACGAGAGUCUGCUCUCGUUUUAAAUGUUGACAAGACGCCUUCAUUCCCUUCAUGGCGGCAUCAGUGACUCUGAAAGCGUAGACAUUUCGAGCCUUCCUUCCAAAACAAACAGAAAUGCAAGGUAUUAUUUAAAUGAUGUUCAUAGCGGCAAUAACCCAACUCACUCACUCACUAUUAUACUGGUGCAGUGAAAAACGUAACAGUGCGUAACAAUAUAUUAUUUGCCCAAACACACAGUGCACUGGAGUGUUACACAACAGUCACGUGGGCCAUAAUUAUGUUCAUCAAAAACAGCUCGAAACCAUGCGUACUUUGAAUAAAAAUGUUUAUAUCGCGCAUGGAAAACACGCUUCGAUAGUGUAGAGAUAUAUACACACAUUUGAAUAAUGAAAAUGAAAUGCGACUAUGCUUGUCGUAAGAGGCGACUAACGGGAUCGGGUGGCCAGGCUCACUGACUUGGUUAAUGCACGUCAUCGUAUCCCAGUUGUGUAGAUCGAUGCUCAUGACUAGACUCGAUUAUUUACAGACCGCUGUCAUAUAGCUGGAAUAUUGCUGAGUGCGGCGUUAAACAACAAACAAACAAACAUAAAAUGAGGCCUCGUUGAAGUCCAUACAAUGCACAUGUGAUACUCUUAUGCGUGUACAUAUAUUGUUUUAUACUGUAUUUUGUACAAAGUAGUACUUACAUAUAUGCCAGACCUACAGAAGAGAUUUGUCAGUUUUUCACAUUUAUUAAGCAACAUUAUACCAAGUUGAAAAACCCUUCCGGGCAAAAGAAAGUAUACCCCUACGUUUGAUGUGGCUAAAAAUGAAAUAAACAAGAAAUAUUCAUUCGAUAUGCUAUCGUUUCAUUUUGGACCUUAAGCCAAGUAACGUUUUGAUGACGUUUGUAAUAUUUUAGCCAGAUCCAAUUUUCAAAAGGAGACUUACUUUUGCUCGGUAGUAUAGUAUUUCAAAUUUCAAAUCUCCCGUGCAUGCGAUGGAGAACUGGCUAAUGGUUCACCCAUGGAUUUAAAUAUGUCGAUAACAUUCUACCAAGAAUGUAUACUGGUACUCAAUACCAAAUGUGUUGUUUGUGUCCAGAAUGUUUUUUUUACAUAUGUGUUUCACUGACCAAGACUCCCUUGAUAGCAUUUGAAAGUAUUUUUUUAUAAAUGGAGCCAUAUUGCGAUGUUAAAUGAUUGGCUCAUACUCAGUGUUCGAUGUAUUAAUGAUGAAGGAUAUGGUACAUUGUGUAUCAUGUACCUGAAGCUGGUACAAAUAUCUGUUGAUAUGUACCAGUCCGAAGUGUUGUAUCUUUUAUUCUUGUGCGUCUUUGUUUGUGCUAUUGCCUGUCUUGCUACUCCCAAGCUCAAACCGUUUCUACCCUUAACAAUUGACUGUCGUUUCAAACGUUUAACAUCUUUCAUCGCUGUUUAAUUUCAUAAAUUAGUUAUAUUUGCUUGCAUUAAUUUACAACACCAUACAAUAUAUUUCUUCAGCAUUUGUUUGUCAAAAUUUUGUUCUCUAAGAAUUGAGCAAAUUUACUUAUUACUUAUUACACGCACGCACGCACGCACGCACACACACACGCACGCACGCACGCACACACACACACACGC